AUGCAGGUUGAUUUUUUCUUCACAAGAUUUUUUUAUUUUUUUUACUCCCGACAGACUCGUGAUGAAUUAAAAGAUGCAAUCGAGAAAGAGAUCGGUGAAUACUCUCGCGAAUGCGACUUCUUCUCGCAUUCCCGUCGUGAAGACGAGGAUGAUGGAGGCGUUUCAUCAGCAGAUUAUGAUGAAAUGGAACCAGUGGAGGAGGCAGAAGCAGCCGACACCGCUUUAGAAGCCCGUGAAAAUGGGGACGAUGACACUGACGCCACAGUUGCUUCUAAUGGCAAUCUUGACGGUCCUUCCAAGAAGUCUGUUUCACCAACUAGUCCAUUUGAACUGCAGGUCUCCCGUCUUCUAGCUCAAGUAAACGAGGUCUCGUGGAAUCAUGCCGAAUUUCGAGUUCGCUAUCACAGUCUGGCUGCUGAACCUCGUGUUGGAAACUACUUCCUCCGCCUCCUUCUGGAAGAGGAUAAGCGUCUAGCUUCCGUCUCUGCGGACGCUGGUGCUGAUGCCUCGGUGUUGGGCCUUUCAAGAAUCAAGAACAGAACAGAACUAUGCGAAGAUGCUGUUUCUGUGUCUUUGAUGCUCUCUGGCAGUUUUCUUCAGCGACCAUCGGAUAACUUGAUUUGA